AUGCAAAGCGUACACCACUCAGUCUCCUGCAUGUAUUCAGAAUAUUCCACACAAAACGAUCCUUGGACGUCUCCCAAGGAUCAUAUAUCUACGACAGAUGCCACUUAUUCAAAACAAUUUACAACUAAAAGACCAUUGAGGGAAAAAAAUCCAAAAAAUAUCAAACACGUGUCGUACAAAGAAAAAACUCCGCAAGUGGUGGCGCGACGGAAUGCUCGAGAAAGAAGAAGAGUCCAAGCUGUCAACAUGGCUUUUGUGAGAUUGAGAAAGGCCAUUCCAUAUCAGAAUGCGAGAGGAAAGAGGAUAAGUAAAGUAAAAACUCUGAAAAAUGCGAUAAAGUAUAUCCAGGAGUUGGAAAUAAUAUUGCACGAUACCAACAUAUAUGAGGCGUAUUAUAAAUAUGAUAAAUUCCAUGAUUUUAUAUACCUACCUGGCAAAUAUGAUUAUGAAAUGGAAUGAAGAAACUAUCUUCGUAGAAUUAUAUUCAAGACCAAACUUAUAUUCGUAAGAUGGUUAUAAUUCUCAAAUUAUUAUUACAAUACAAAAAAUAUUCUUGCUGAGGUUAGUCAGUUUAAUUUUAUAUUUUAUGAUGACACUGAGUUGAAACUAUGUCCGAACUUGUCAGCUUUCUCUUUUCGGUUAUAAUAU